AUGGACAUCCUGAAGUCUCUGGGACACCCGGAGGAGAUAUUUAAUCUGUUCAAGUUCAAAAUGGGAGGAUGCAGAGCCGUCAUGCCGAAGUUGGACUACAAAAUGUCGUCAGCUGCAGUUCCCUGCAUGUACCAGCAGGUGUCAGCAAAGAGAAACUUCAUUCACCUCUGCUUACUCUGA